GCCCGAUGGCGCAGCAGCGAGCCGAGAGAACGUCAGGAUGAAAAUAAACACUAUGUCUGGAAACACACUCUCACACCGACAAUACUGAAGUUUUUGUGUGUGCGUGUGUAAGCGUGCUUGCGUGUGUGAGCGUGUGUGAGCGUGAAUGUGUGUGAGCCGGUCAUCAUGGCCUCAGAGGACGUGACCUUGGAGAAUCAGCUUCACAGUGCGCAGAAGAACCUGCUGUUCCUGCAGCAAGACCACGCGAACACUCUAAAGGGCCUGCAUGCGGAAAUACGCCGCCUGCAGCAGCACUGCACUGAUCUGACAUAUGAGCUGACAUGCCGAAGUUCUGACCCGAAUGAUGACGGCGAGGCACGGUGCAGAGAGCUUCAGCGGCGCUGCGAGGAGCUGGAGGAGCAGCUGAAAGCCAAAGAGCAGGAGAACACCGAGCUGCUGCGUGAGCUGGAGCAGAAGAACGCCAUGAUCUCGGUUCUGGAGAACACCAUCCGCGAGCGCGAGAAGAAGUACCUGGACGAGCUGAAGCUCAAGAGCCACCGGCUGGCCGUGUUAUCCGGCGAGCUGGAACAGAGGGCUGGCACCAUCGCCUUCCUCACCGCGCAGCUCCACGCCACCAAGAAGCGCCUCCUGGAGGGCGGGGCCGCCUUCAGACCGUCCCCGCCCGCCGAGCCCCGCCUCGACUCACCCACCCACGGAGCCGGCAAGCAGCCGGACACGCCGCGCAGACGCAUGCGCAAGAGCCUGUCGCAGCCGCUGCACUGCGAGUACACGGAGCUCUACAGGGCGGGCGCGGCCGACGGCCGGAGGGUCGUCCUCAGAGAGCCCACGGGGGCGAUGCCCGACCCCGCACCGUUUCUCCAGGCCCGAGACACACCCAUCAACCCCGACGCGCAGCCGGCGCUGUGCCAGCGACCCCCCGUAAUCCCGCCCAUCGCGUCCACAUCGAGCCCCGCCCACAGCCCUGUACCGCCGAGCCCUAGGCAGCAACGAAGCCCCGCCCACAUCGGAGUGGCACACAGGAUUCAUCACCCACCCGCAGAAGUGGAGACGCUCGCUGUGGAUCAGGUUAGCGGAGAAAAGGUGGUGCGUAAACCAUCGGGCGCUGACAGAACUGUUUAACACACACACACACGCACAUACACACACAUACACACACACACACACACACACACGCACAAAUUACAGCCAGUACAGUAUGAGCAGGACUGAAAAGCAAACCAUGAAGCUAUAGAAAUCACACUAUGUAUCUCUCAGUACUAUAAUAUCAAAGUAAUUAAUAAUGUAGCCACACACACACACACACACACACACACACACACACACAAACAGCCUGAAGUUCACAGUUAAAACACUGGGACGGUGAUGUAAUCAGGAGAGCGGAUGUGUGCUGCUAAUACGACUUAACGAGACACGAGAAACGCGUCAGCUUCUGUAUAACCCGCUGAUUAUGCAAAGCUGCAACGAGCAAGAACAAGACGAGUUUUCACGUUCGGUAUCGCGGCGCUUUUUUUGGACGUCGGUCAGAAACGAGUGUGUACGCAUGCCAAAUGUUACACUUUCCCUCACCUCAUUCACACUUCCACGCCAACUCGCUUUCACUCAGCGUCUGGCUCACGGUCGGGGUUUUCAUUAUUUUUUUGUUUGUUUGUUUUUGUUCUCUUGUAAAAAACAAACUCAAUAUCAACAGCCAGCUCUUCUCAUCGCCUCUCAUCAUACAGUAGACGCAUAUUUACAGAUGAUGCGCACUGCGGUAGUAAAGCAGGUUUGCACUGUCCCUCUGUCCCUCUGUCCUUCUGCCUCGUCUGUCCGGCUCUCGCUCACGUGACUGUAGACUCCUGCUGCUUUCUUAAACUGUAACAUAUAAAGCAAG